AUGGCUUACUUACAAAGCAUGACAGAAAAUAGCGAUGUUGGUUGUGCCGAUGAAGAGCAUGUCAUUGGUGAAUACAUUAGAGGGUACAAAAUGCAUGCUGCUACACCUUGGCAUAAGAUUGAUUAUGUUUUUGUUCCUGUCCACGUCAAGGAGAAAUUUCAUUGGGUGUUGGCUGUGAUAUCAUUGAAUGAUAAGUGUAUCAACGUGUAUGACUCAUAUAGGGCAGCAAGUCACGAUGCAGCUAUCAAGGCAGAGAUAGUUAAACUGUCUCAGUUGAUCCCUUUGAAGUUAUCAGUCAAUGAAUAUUACAACAAUAAAGGAAUUGAUGUAUUGCAAGCUCAACAAGAGAAUGAUUUCUUUAAUGUACUAACUUUUAAUUUCUUAUAUUAUAGGGAUUGUGGUAUUUAUAUGCUAGCUUUUGCCGAAUACCUAUCAUACGGUCAAGGUAUUCCAGCGAAUAUUUUGGUUGCAUCGUAUUUACGAUCAAGAUAUGCUACACUUCUUUGGAAUUAUGGACAACAAAAGAAUGAUUCCGGAGCAAUAGGUGACAAUGAAGCACCUCCACGAUAUAGCUGA